AAAUUAUCUUUUAUUGACGUUGUUGUCGGUGUGGGUGACGCCUCUGGUGUAUGGUAAAGUCUGCCUCAACCUACCACCCGGUCUGGCAAAGAUUAUCAGGGGCGUGGACAUGGCCAAACUUGACCUGUUGCCCGUGGAGAUUGUGGGUGACGACGGUAUUAUGAAACCAGUUUUCCCCCUGACCUGUGACGAUGAACGCGAGUGGAAGGAUGCUAAAGGCAAAAAGUAUGAGUUGCCAGAUCAGAUUUGGCAGAUCACUACGGUGCCCGGGGGGUACACGACGUCUGAGGUGAGCACUAGCACGUCAUACAGCGACGUACGUUCACAUUUGGCCAGCAGUGUUAGCGUAGACGCCGCCAUUGGAGAUUUCUCCUUCUCUAUCAGCAACACGUACAAGAAAAUGCAGACCUCUAUCACAAACGGCUCCAGGUAUUUAUCGGAAGUUACGUCAUUUGCCGGAGCUUCCCGAAUGGACGUCGUUCCUCCGGCCGAUUUGGAGCUAGACAGUUAUCCUAAGGAAUAUGUUGACAAAAAACUGAACGUGACAUUUGAAAGUAACCCCGAUAUCUACUACAAGUUUAUUGAGAUUUACGGUACGCACUACUGGUCCAGGGCCAACUUUGGUGGUUAUGUCAAGAUGGUUUGCGAGACAACGAAAGAAUACUUUGAGUCCUCUACGCAGACUGAAAUCGAGGCCAAUGCUCAGGCGACAUUCGUUGUUAUGGUGGGAGGGGGUGGGGGAACGGGGAAAGGAAGCGCCAGUCAAAGCUACACUUCUAAUACCAAAACAUCAAUCAAGUUUUACGGAGGAGACCCAAACGUUCUCGCUAAAGACGGCUUCGCUAAAUGGCAACCCACUGUUGACAGCGACCCCUGGUUGUUCUCUGGGAGACUAAAACCCAUCAGCGAUUUGUUCAAAAACGCCACAAAGAAAGCCGAAAUGGUUAAAGCUGUUAAGAAUUAUCUGAUCAAAAACUAUAUCUUAGAGCAAGAACGUCUCGUUCUUGCGGCUAAAGCCAGGUCCGAUAAUAAUAUCGUAAACCAACUUCUAGCAGACGUUUUACAGCUUAAGAAAGCUGCUUUCCCUGUAGAAUGGGAUGUUACCGUCCAGGGGAUGCGGAUCGCCAAGUACUUUUCAACCCCAACAUGGUUUUUGAAGAGCAAACUUUGUAUGAUCUGGAAGGGAACAAAAGACGCAGCACAGUGCGGUGGUUCUGGUGUCCCAGCUCAGAUCUGUGCCCAAACCAACAACAUGACGCAGUGGUACCUUGACAACACUGACAGCAGACAGGGGGGCUGUAAGAUGCAAUGGGGAAUACUGUCAUCUGGUUAUGAGGGUUUUUUUGAAUCGAUAAGUAUCUGUUAUGAGUUUGCUGCUGAGAACGAUAUUGCACAAUGCGGCGGGCUCGCCGGUAGAAGCUACUGCUCUCCCACUAUAAACAACUUCACGACCGAAUACUUAGACGAUACAGCCGGACGUAAAGGAGGAUGCAAGAUGCGAUGGAUGCUGAAAGUGCCGACGAGCGUAGCGCCGAUAUGGAUGCAGGCUGUUCAGCUGUGUUUCAAGUGGGAAGCUGAUGGUGACGCAGCUCAGUGCGGUGGCGGAGCUGAAAAUUCCCAAUGCGUGAAUUCAAAUCAGUGGACCAAGUUUUACACGGACACCACCGAUGAUAGGAAGGGCGGCUGUAAGAUGAGUUGGGGCCUCAAGUCCGCUUAAAGGUGCCAAGACGAUAGUCAAAUCUCUUUCAAUGCUGUCACUGUUUAAAGGUCUUUAACACCAAGUAACUG